ACGCAACCACGCCGCCGGUGUUUGGGUUUCCGGUUCUGCUCUUUUCCCAUUCAUGCAAAGGACUUCAUGGCGAUACUAAAAAUUUUUGCAAACUGAAGUGCCAAAUUGUGGCCUCCGGUUUGUUUCCCCCGUAGCUGUAAACAGCGCUUUAACCGAAAAUCAGUGUAACUUGUUACGUCUUGUUCACAGGGUGUGAGUGGAUCACGCCGAGCAGAGCAGCAGUGUUAUUACAAGAAGAGUCAAAAUGGCGUCUGGUAGUCGAGUGUACAGCCGUUUAAUCCAUCUGUGAUUAACGUUAGCCUUCACAACUAGAGUCAGCAACCUGUGACUUUUUUCUAGUGCUUCAGUUUUCGGAUACAGUCGGAGCACAUUUUACCGUCAUGUCGGACUCGGAGGAGGACAGCCAGGACAGGCAGCUUAAAAUAGUAGUGAUUGGAGACGGUGCGUGUGGGAAGACAUCACUCACCACCAGGUUUGCACAGGAGGCCUUUGGGAAGCAGUACAAACAAACCAUUGGCCUGGAUUUCUUUCUGAAGAGAAUAACCCUUCCAGGCAAUUUGAACGUGACCCUGCAGGUGUGGGACAUUGGAGGCCAAACAUUAGGAGGGAAAAUGCUGGAUAAAUAUGUAUACGGAGCUCAUGGGCUUCUCCUGGUUUACGAUAUCACCAACUACCAGAGCUUUGAGAACCUGGAGGAUUGGUUCAGCAUGGUGAAGAAGGCCAACGAGGAAUCUGAUAUCCAGCCUGUUGUCUCCCUGGUUGGGAACAAAAUUGACCUGGAGCACAUGAGGACAGUGAAGGCUGACAAACACCAGCGUUUCUGCCAAGAGAACGGCCUCAUCAGUCAGUUUGUAUCGGCCAAGUCGGGGGACUCGGUGUACCUUUGUUUCCAGAGAGUGGCUGCUGAGAUUCUUGGUGUAAAGUUAAACAAAGCAGAAAUAGAGCAGUCCCAGAGGAUUGUGAAAGCUGAGCUGGUGGACUACCCACAGGAUGAAGGCCCAAUUAGACAAGAGAACAGCCAGCAAAGCAAAAUAUGUUCUGUUCAAUAGUUGGAACGUGUGGUGAAGGCAGACAUUGUGAACUACAGUCAGGACACCGUGGCCAGGACAGUCAACCCCCCUCGCAGCUCCAUGUGUGUGGUGCAGUGACCCCCUCCAACACACACACACACACACACACACACAC